CCGAGUCAUCACCGUGACAGUAGUGAGCUGUGCCAUGACGGUGGUGCUGGCUCUGAUCCUAGCGAAGAAGAAGAGGAAGCCAAAUGACCAGCUUGUAGCACAUCCAGAGACUCCCCUGGACGUUAAUACUGUAAUAAAUACUGUGCAAAUUCGUGUGUGUAUGUUUGUGUUUUAAGGAUGCGGCCGCCACUGCAGAGGAUGCCACCCAUGCUGACAUAACGGUUGCAGCCGAUGCGGACAGGAAGUGGGAGACAGAGAGUGAAGCCACUGUUUACACAAACAUAGAACCGACCGCUCACAACAAUGUUUGAUUGGCAUUACCUGGUAACCCAAAACGGCCAAAAGCAGAUUACUCAUACAACACCAUCGACUACCCAGAGGGCCAAUUGAGUCCAUGUUUACAUCUUAUCCUACGUUUUUAAAACUGCAUGUAUGACGUGCUAUGGUCCAUGAUCAGUCUUUACCACUAUGAUGUAACCCACUACAUCACUUUUCAUCUAAAAUAAUUUGUUUUAGGAUUUGGUUUUCCUUCAAACAACAGAUAGCUCACAGGAUUCAUGUACUUUAUUUUGUACUCUGGGUGUAGCAUUUUUGAGUAGCAUCCAGCUGCAGCCUGUGGUGUGGCAAAGGGCCUUUGUUUUUCAACGUCCAUUUUUCUGUUAAAUUUCAAUGUUUAUGUUUAGAUAAAAAUAUACAUUGUGUAAUUGUUUUGCUUGUUAUUUGCGUGUGUUGCCUACGAAAUAUGAACACAAAAGAUUACCGUGUGGGACAUUACAAUUGAAAGAAGGAGUUUUAAUGGGAAAACACAAUUAUUUGUUAAGUUUUGGGAGAAUAACCAAAGGUUGAAAAAAUAUAACAAAUAUGCAAAUAUUGCAAAAUAGGAAAUAACUUUACUUAUUAAAUGGAUCUACUCAAUCUAUAAAUAAAAAUGCAUUCCACACCGUCGUUGAAAUAAUUUGCGUUGCUCUUUAUUCAGCGAUAUGACGUACUAAUAUACUAUGAGCAUAUUAGGGAAGUAACCCUGGGACCUAACAAAUAAGGAGGUAAUGCCAAGUCUGGGGUCAGAGAAUGUUGGCCAAUUCAGGAAGCUGUUUCUGUGUUGACUAAGACUACAUCUUACCGAACACGAAAGAAACAGGACUCUGUCUCGGUAAUAAAGCGUAGAAACAACAUGUUUGGUGUUUCUCUUUGUUCCAUCGGGCUGCUACUUAUUGCCCUCUUUCACACAGCUGUAACCAAACGCCACCUCGUGAUGGGGGGAGUGGGUCACACAGUUAUCCUGCCAUGUCUCUCGUCUUUGGAGGGAUCCUGCUCAGACAUACGAUGGUUUCAUGAAACGAAAAGUGGUACAACCCUUAUCGCUAGUAUCUCCAGAAGAGAAGACGCAAACACUGGUAGAUUUAACAUUGUGUCCAAUUGUUCCUUACACAUCAACAACAUCGCCGAAGUGGAUGUCGGUAGAUAUUGGUGCAGUAAAGAUAUUGGUGACUUGCAAUAUCUGUCUCUUAUCACUGUUUCCUCCCAGCUGAGGUCUCGAAUGUUCCCCGGAGCCAACGUUACUUUAAGCUGUAGUCUGGUCACGUUCGAGGGGUCUGGUUGGUGUUACAGCCCUCUGUAUAAAGGUAUGUCUCUCAAGUGGCAGGAUGAUAAUCGACCAAACUACAUCCUCGCCGAACAGAGGAUCACCAGAUGUACUGUCCAGCUGAAUGUCAUCAUUCAGCGUGGCAGCCGCUUCAGCUGCCUGGCUUUGGUCAACCGCCAGGUCCAGAAAAGGGUGGAGUUCCCCGUCCGUAUCCGAGUUGAGGGAAGAGGCCUUCCCAUGCCUAACCUAGAAGACGACGAUCAAGAUCAUGAUGGGGCUGACGGGGACGGUGGCAACAGCGAGGUGAUCAUCUCUGUGGCAGUAGUGGGCUGUGCCAUGACAUUGGUGCUGGCUCUGAUCCUAAUGAAGAAAAAGAAGAAGAAGAGGAAACCAAAUGACCAGCUUGUUGCCCGUACAGAGACUCCCCUGAAUGAUAAUACUGUAAUAAAUACUGAUGUGGCUGCCACUGCAGAGGAUGUCACCUACGCUGACGUAACGUUUACCGGCAUGGCGGACAGGAAGUGGGAGACGGAGAGUGAAGACACCGUUUAUGCUGGCAUACAACCCAUCGGUCGCGAAUAAUGUUUGAUUGGCAUUACCUGAUAACCCCAAACGGCCUAUGACAGGUCACUCAUACAAUAGCAUUGAUUACACAGAGGGCAAAUUGAGUGCAUGUUUUCAUCAUAUCUUACGUUUAUAAAACUGCAUGUAAGAUGUGCUAUGGUCCCUGAUCAGUCCAUACCACUAUGAUACAACCCGGCCACUACAUCACAUUUCAUCUAAAAUAAUUUGUUUUAGGCAGGCCCACCGCUAUCUAUACGCAGAGUACGCAGAGUGCGUAGGGCAGCAAGUACCUGGGGGGAGUACCAAAAAUUAAGGUUUGUAAAAAAAAAAUAUAUAUAUAUAUUAUCACAUUAUUGAAUUACAAAAAUAUGUAAAUUAGUUAUGAAGAGGCCCACCGUAGUUUUUUCUUAAUUGUAUAACCUAUCACUCAAUUUCGGCAAAUUAUAUGGUUUUACCUAAUAUAUAAAAAGAGGCGCCCCCCCCCCCGCUCGCACCGAAACGGCCAGCACCAGGCCCUGGUUUUAGGGUUCGGUUUUCCUUUAAAAUAACAGAUGGCUCACAGGAUUCAUGCUUUCUGGGUGUAGCCUUUUGGAUUAGCCUCCAGCGGCAGCCUUUGGUGUGGCACGUCAGGUUUUUUUCAGUCUGCGCAUGAAUGUCCCAGUCCAGAUUUUCAUUUUCUCUUUUAUAUUUUUCUAUAUAUAUGUGUAUGUAAAGAGAAAUAGUAGUAAUAUUCUGAGAAUAAAAGUCGUUAUUUGAGUGCGCUAUGGUAAUGUUUUAUGUUAAUGCCCUUCUAUCAUUUGUGUGGUUUAAAAGGUUUAACCUUGGCCCAGUUUCACACAUUGCUAUUCAUUUGCGACGUCAUGUCUCUUUUUUUGUGUCGUAGUCUGAUAAUGAAUGUGUAGGGUUUGGUAAUCACAUUGACGGCUGUGAACCAAUGAAAUCUCUUUCUGCAAAGAUAUAGUAGUAACUAUU